ACUGGGGUAGCUUUUGGUUACAUUGUUACCACAUGGACAAGGAAAAAAAAAUAUUUAAAUCCCUUUGUUUUGUGGCAUUACCCUUCAUUACAUCUAGCAAGAAAGGAUUUUAAAGAAUAAAUUGAAAUUUUGCACUCUUAGAUCAUUUGUCUUCCUCUCACCUUGAGCCAUUCCCUACGGGGAGGCUUCACUUUGCAAUCCAGGCAGGACUGCCUGUCUUCCUCUGUGUACCCAGGAGGGUUUAGCCAGACACCACCUGCCUCUCCAGCAGCUCUUGCCCCGCUUUCCUGAGAGUGCCAGGAUCUCAAUCCUUUUCUCCCAAGCAGCAGGACAAAGCAUUACUGAUGUUUGCAUCAAUUGUCACAUUUCCUGUCUUUUUCCACAUGAGGAGAAUGAACCUGAGCACACCUUCUUCCUUGAAGGAGAGAGUGCCAGAGGAGACAGACCCUGGCUGUGUCAUGGAACAUUGUCCCACGUUGAGCGCUUGGUCACACAGCAAAGCAGGGCUCCUUCUGCAGCCUGUGUGAUCCCACAACAGUUGGCCUGACAGCUGCUUUACUGCAUUUCUCUUCACUUUUGCUUCAUGUUGCCUUUGAUAUCAGAGUAGCCAGGAAAUAAAUGGAACCGAAGAUUGCAGACUGCUUUAAAAAUCUGUUUUGUUCAAGAGAUCUUUCAGAUUAAAAUAAUGCUGAAAGGAGACUGCUAAAAGUGAGAAAAGGGUUUAGGAUGUUGAGGGAGCCCUAGACAAGAGUUAAAACAAGCUCAGGAGAAUCCCUGUUGUUUCCAGCCACCUUACAAGCCAAACACCUUCCUCCAGAGGUCCAGGUUCACAUUAUUUAUAUAGCUAUCUCUUCUGAUUCUGCUCAGACUAAGCACCCCUGAAGUCUGGAAAAUUAUCAAAAGGAGAGUUUGAUCUUAUGCUGCUUCUAUAAAAGCCUCCCAGAAGAAUGUCUCUCUGUUAAAACUACUCUAUUUAAUUCUUUCAACCCUGAGUUAGUGUAAAUGAUACAUGCUUAAAACGCCUUCUACUAAAGACAGCAGCGAAACUCCCAUGCACUGGCUCCAGACUUUUACGGAGUCUACUCGAGAGCUGAUCUUUACAUGGAAAUAACAGAAAAUUACAAGAAAUGGAAGCCGCUGAUAGUAAAAGAAGAAAAGCUGAGUAUCAUCAGGGUUAAUAGCUCCUAUUUGAGAUCCAUGAAUGAUUACAAAGUUACUUUUCUAUAUCGAACUUUCAAGUUUCAUUAAUAAUAUGCUGCCUCUCCAGGACACAGGUGCACUCACGGUACAGAGGCUAUUGGCUCAUCACACGGAAUAGAAGAGCUAGAGGAACAAUGGCUUCAAAGGUCUCAUGUUUAUACAUUUUGACAGUAGUUUGUUGGGCAAGCGCUCUUUGGUACUUAAGUAUAACUCGUCCUACUUCUUCCUACACGGGCCACAGACAGGUCAGUAGCAUAUCCAUAGCCAGAAAAAAUGUUUCCUUUGGCAACAUAAGAACUCGACCUAUAAAUCCACAUUCCUUUGACUUCCUUAUCAAUGAACCCAGCAAAUGUGAGAAGAGUGCCCCGUUCUUGGUCAUUCUUAUCAGUACAACUCACAAAGAGUUUGAUGCAAGGCAAGCCAUUCGAGAAACGUGGGGAGAUGAAAACAACUUUAAAGGAAUUAAAAUCGCUACACUAUUUCUUCUUGGAAAAAAUGCAGAUCCUGUGUUAAAUCAAAUGGUAGAGCAAGAAAGCCAAAUUUUUCAUGACAUUAUUGUGGAAGACUUUAUCGACUCUUACCAUAACCUCACUCUGAAAACAUUGAUGGGGAUGAGGUGGGUAGCAACAUUUUGUUCAAAAGCAAAGUACGUUAUGAAGACAGACAGUGAUAUUUUUGUAAAUAUGGACAAUCUUAUUUAUAAGCUGCUCAAACCUAACACCAAGCCAAGGAGAAGGUACUUCACGGGUUAUGUUAUAAAUGGAGGACCAAUAAGAGAUGUUCGCAGUAAGUGGUACAUGCCCAGAGAUUUGUAUCCCGACAGCAAUUACCCACCCUUCUGUUCAGGCACUGGCUACAUUUUUUCAGCUGAUGUAGCAGAACUGAUUUACAAAACCUCCCUUCAUACCCGACUUCUUCAUCUUGAAGAUGUGUACGUUGGACUCUGCCUCCGGAAGCUGGGCAUUCACCCCUUCCAAAACAGUGGCUUCAAUCACUGGAAAAUGGCCUACAGCUUGUGCAGGUACCGCAGGGUGAUCACAGUGCACCAGAUAACACCAGAAGAAAUGCACAGAAUUUGGAAUGACAUGUCCAGCAAGAAGCAUCUUAGAUGCUAAGAUUUUUACAGAUGUAAAUACCUUUUUUUAAAAUUUUGUUUGAGUUUGGUUAUUUUUUGACAAAGUGAUCUGCUGAUUUACAGGUUAAACUGUGGGAUAUUAACUGUGAGAGGAUUUUUAAUGACUGAUUUUUCAUUCUCGCUUUGACUACUGGUUUACAAACUUCAGGCUCUUUUUCAUAAGGACAUUAUGCCAACUGAAAGGAUCUAGAGUCAAAUCUCAGAUUUUGUAUAUUAUCAUCUAUUGCACAUAUCUAUUCUUGCGUGUGUAAAAGGACAGUAAUAAACUAUUCUGAGCUGCUUAACAAUUCACACCCCAGCCUCUGAGAUAAGACUCAGGCUCUAACAAAUUAAAAAUUACAAAUAUACUUUCAUUCUUCUCUUGACACCCUGCAGCUGUCUCUAUUUAGAGCCUUGUUAAUAAAUUAAGCAGCCUACAUUUGCACUGAACUUAUAUACCUACUUUGACGUGUAUUUUAUAGUAUGUGUACAAUUCCCAAAUAGCUUACUAAUGGUGUAAUAGCAGAAUUUAGACAGGUAGGAACAUCAAAGUUUCACUGGCCUUAGAAACAAACCCACACACUGAAAUAUAUUUUCAUCCACCAAAUGGUAUAUCUUUAAAUUGUUUCAGAAUAACCCAUUUCUUUACACUUCCUAAAAUAGCCCAUAAAAUAUGUAACACAACUUAAAAAUUAAGUAGAAUCUGUAAGUGAAAUAAGACAGGGGAGAUGUAAGAAAAACUAUCCCUAAAAAUAUGAGAAAAGCAUGAAUAUCUUAACUUUUAAUUUCAAAGCAAGGCAAUGUGUGUCAUUAGUAUCAAUGGAUUCUCCAUUAAACAUCUUGAAUAGCAAUAUAUAAUUAUAAUGAAUGCUAAAAGUGUCAAUAGGCAGCAUAUCUCUUUAACAUCAGUCAGUGCACUAUUUACCUAAAAACAAGUAAAACAAGAGCAGCUUUUUAAGGGGAAGUUUACUUUUUGCUGCAGUACAUAUAGGAACAAGAUUCUAACAGAUUUUUAAUAGCGUAGUAAGAGGAAUUUAGUCCAAUAAAAGAAUGCAAUCAAUUUUCUGUUGAUUGGACAAGAGAGUACAUAACAUUUAUGUACAAAUUUCACAGCAAAAUAGAGAGCUUUUUAAGAAAAUCUAUUAAAUUUCUAUUAAAAAAUUUAUUAAACCCAAAUUCUAGCCUUUUUAAAAACCUUUUAAAGCUCUCAGUUUACUCAUCCCAGUCAAUACAGUGGGACUGACAUCCCACUCAGAAGAUCCCCCAGACAUGCAACAGAAAUCAAGUACACAAGAUUUAUCCUAGUUUCAUAAUAUGCUUUUAUGUAUUUUGAAUAUGUCUAUGAAAUGUCAUGAAAACUCUGAUAAAUUCAGGCCAUCUCUAUUCAGUACCACCUUUUAAAAAGGAGGUGAAAUAUGACAUUGCUCAGCAAAUAACUUAGAAUGAAGAACCCACAGAAGUUACAAAAAAACCAAAUAUAUUAUCAGCUGUAGAUUACUCACACCAUCCUUGGCACACAGUCUCAUUCAUUGCAGCUGGCAUCAUGUGUAACAUAUGCUAAAUUGUUGUCUGUAUUCUGUCAUUCAGAAUGUCUAUAAAGUUGUCGGAAAUUAGCUGAAGAAGAAUUUGAACUUUGACCUGAUUUUGCCAUAGAUGUACACAGCACUUUACAAUAGUAACAGAGGAAUGAAGAUGCUAUCCUAGAAGGUUUGCAGUUUCAUAGCAAAUUGUUAGUCUUGUUCACAGACACAGUGCUAUCUUUUCAAAAAAACUAUUUGUAAACAAGGUAAAGUGUACCUGGCUUUUAAGCCACUAGCAGGAGCCAUCUCAAGCAAAUUUAUGUCAGAUCUAAAGAUGAAGCUACACAACAGUCAGCCUAGGAGUUGCUGUUAAUGGGAGCUUGUGUACCCUUCAUAAAUACAAAUAACCCAAACCAAAACCCCACUAAUUUCUAUAAAAACACUAAAUCUCUUGCAGCAUAAGUAAGACUUAUCCUUCCCUAGUUGAUCUAGUCUUUGUUAAAGCUGCUAUGCCCUAUCAAAUCCAGAACUUCCAAGGUACAAUUACAUAAGUGAAUAUAACACACUGGUAAGUUCAGACUUCGUUCCACAAGUCCCAUAAUAUUCUUGUUUAUGACUGGAAAUGACGGUGGAAUUCAUCCCCAGCCCUUGGGUAAAUCAGAUAGCACAGAUGCCAUCCUGCCCAGAACAUAUUUUUUAAUAAUUUCAACCCGCAGGCUGCAAUCACUUCUGCUAUCCCUCUGCACUGUGCAGUAAUUUAGGGGUUCUGAAUCACAAACAAAUGGAUUUGGUUGCCUUAUUUCUGCUGAUGCUUCUGUGGCCUUUGGUUAGUAACCAGGAGGACAGCAGGGCUCCCAAUCCAGGUACCUCAGGGCUCAAGUAGCAUGGUAGCCUUGAACUUCUCCUAGUACAAGUAGACUGCAUUAAUAAUUGCAAGGUACACCUUGAAAACAGUACCUGAAAUAGUGUAUUUCCUGCCAUUUAUAAAUAGGCCUUCACCAGAAAUGUAAAUGCUCAUCUUGAAACUGAUGUACAUAUUUCUAACGCGUUUUCUUCUGUAUUCAGCUGUAUAUCUGUGUCAGUCUGCUUGCUAUGUAGCAUUCUGUUAUGCAUGGAGCUGAGUGAGGCAUUAUAUUUGUCCAGUGUUUCAAGAGCCUUAAGCAUGUGUGCCCUAACUUUUGAAUGUACAAGAAACUUUUUCUUUUUCUGUCAAGUGAAUUGAAAACAACACAACAAAAUCCUAAUUUUUCUACUUCUAUUAAUUUUUUGAUAUUAGAUUUCAUUAGCUCAUUAUACUUACAUUUAUUGUUUUCACUUUGCUCAGAAAUUUCACUAUUGGAAACUGAAAAUGGAUAUAGAGCAAUACAUCUACUCAUAGGGACAGUUUUUCCUUCCACUCAGUAGUAUUUGCGCCAUGUGGGAUAUCGUUAAGAAACAAAUGUUUUCAAUAGACUUCUUUUAAUAAAAAAAAAAUAUUUGCAUUACUUAAAGGUCAUUUUCUUUCAUUUGGCAUGGGACAAAUGACAACUUGGUUAAACAUGCUAGCUUCUAGUCACUUCUAAAGUGUGACUGUAAUUACAUUUUUAUUCCAAAAUGCAGAUGAAAAAAGCACAUUGAGCAAAGCAGCUGGGGAGGAAGUGCCUCUCUUUAGGAGGAAUUUUUUCACAAAAGCAUUAUUUCUUUUUUAUUUUGCUAAAACCGUGAGAGUGUUUAAACAGAAGCCUCAAGGUUCAUUUUCCACAUUUCCUAAUAAUAAUGUUAAGUAUCAAUUUUGAUUCUUUGAUGUUUUUUUGUCUUUAUAAUGUAGAUGGCAAUGACAAUUUGUAAAUGAAAAGUGUAAUUAACUAGAAAAGCUUGUCAAAAGUAAAUGAAAUUUAGGUGUAUCAUUAUAUAUGACUGGCUGUACUUAUGUAUUUAUUUGUCUAAAUUGUAUAUAUUGUUUUAUCUAUAGUGUCUGUAGGAGUGCAUUCUUUUAGAUUAAUGUAUUAUUUACAGUUUUGUGGGAUUUCCAGCAAAGCUGUUAAUCAAGAUACUAUUUUUUUGUAUCAAUGUCAAAUAAUAAUAAAAAAAAAAAAAUCAGGUGAAAAAUGAAA